AAACCCUAGAGAGCGAAAUAUCGCGAUACGUUUCGUCCCGUUUGGGGAAAAAAUGGGUGUAUGAAUGGCGAUAAAUCGGAAUCGAUCGCGCGUCGAGAAAACCGUCUCGAAUCCUACUUCGACUGCCUUCAAAAUCCGUUCAACUCGUUUUCAGGCCAGAAAUCAAGAUGUUAUGGUUGUCCCAGAAGAGAUUUCAGGCAUGGUCCAUCCAGGGCGAGUGCAACAGACUGGUAGUCUAGAUUACUGAACAUGGAUCCUACUUGUUAGAACUGAAAGCCCAUGUAUUUUGUGCUGCAAACCUUAAGGCUACAUAUUGGAAGAAGAUAUAGUUCAACAAUCUUCAUCAUGGUUCGUGAGAAAGACAUAUGCUGGGAAUACGCUGAAAAACUAGAUGGAAACAAGGUGAAAUGUAAAUUUUGCCUUAGAAUUUUGAAUGGGGGCAUUAGCAGAUUGAAGCAUCAUUUAUCUCGAGUGCCCAGUAAAGGUGUUCAUCCAUGUAGCAGAGUAAGAGACGAUGUUAGUGAUAGAGUCAGAGCUAUAAUAACAUUGAAGGAGGAGGAGAAGGAAGUUUCUAGCACUAAAAAGCAACAAUCAGCUGAAGGUAAGGCUUCUCGAAAUACGCCCGCUUCUAAAGCUCUUGUGUCCAUGGACAUGAUGCCUCCACUAGCAAAAAUCUUUCCUUCCAGUCCAACGGUCGUGCCCCCGUCCUCAACUGAUUGGGAAAACGCAGAGAGAAGCAUUGCUCUUUUCUUUUUUGAAAAUAAGUUGGAUUUCAGUAUUGCACGAUCUUCUUCCUAUCAGCAAAUGGUGGAAGCAGUUGCGAAGUGUGGCUAUGGGUUCCGGGGUCCAUCAUUGGAGGCUUUGAGGACAACAUGGCUGCAAAGGAUUAAAUCUGAGGUCAGUCAACAAUCCAAAGAAAUAGAGAAAGAAUUGGCAACAACAGGCUGUACAAUCAUUGCAGAUACGUGGACAGAUAAUAAAAGGGCUGUGAUAAACUUCUUAGUUUCAUCGCCUGGGGGAACCUUUUUCCACAAAUCUGUCGACGCAUCCACGUAUUUCAAGAACACAAAAUGUAUGUCUGAUUUAUUCGAUUCAGUUAUUCAAGAUGUCGGGCCGGAAAAUGUUGUUCAAGUGAUCAUGGAUAAUGCUUUGAACUAUGCCGGCGUGGGAAAUCACAUCAUGCAGAACUAUGGCACGAUCUUCUGGUCACCUUGUGCAUCCCAUUGCUUGAAUUUAAUCUUGGAAGAAAUUUCCAAGAUCGACUGGGUGCACAGAUGCAUCUCACAGGCGCAAUCCAUUUCCAAGUUCAUUUACAACCAUACGUGGGUGCUUGAUCUGAUGAGGAAAUUCACAGGUGGGCAAGAACUUGUCCGCACUAGUAUUACGAGGUCUGCCUCAACUUUCCUCACCUUACAGUCGAUGUUGAAGCAACGGCCAAGGUUGAGGCAUAUGUUCAAUAGUCCGGAGUAUUCAUCUUCUCAAUAUGCCAACAAGACUCAAAGCAUUGGUUGUGUUGACAUUCUCGAUGAUAAUGAUUUUUGGAGGGUGGUUGAGGAAAUAGUAGCAGUUUCAGAGCCGAUAUUGAAAGUAUUGAGAGAUGUUGCUGGCGGGAAACCAGCUGUGGGAUCGAUCUAUGAUUCAAUGACCAGGGCCAAGGAAUCUAUUAGGACAUAUUACAUAAUGGAUGAAAAUAAAUGCAAGCUGUUUUUGGACAUAGUGGAUAGAAGGUGGCAGAAGCAGCUCCAUUCGCCUCUCCAUUCCGCAGCGGCAUUUUUAAACCCAAGCAUCCAAUACAAUCCGGAGGUUAAGUUUCUCGGACAUAUAAAGGAAGAGUUCCUUGCUGUUCUGGAGAAGCUACUGCCGACGCCUGAAUUACGACGUGAUAUCACCGGACAGAUUUUCGCAUUUAAGAAGGCGCAGGGGAUGUUUGGUUGUAGCCUAGCUAGGGAGUCGAUCAACACGACCCCACCAGCGUUAUGGUGGGAUCAAUAUGGCGACUUGGCGCCUGGGUUGCAACGGAUCGCAGUUAGGAUACUUAGUCAGGUUUGCAGCUCUUCUACUUAUGAGAGAAACUGGAGCACGUUUCAGCAGAUUUAUUCUGAAAAGCGGAAUAGGCUGGAAAAGGAGACCUCAAAUGAUCUUCUGUUUAUAAAUUACAAUCUCAAAGUAGCAGCCCGAGCAAAAGGGAAGCCUGGAGACGCCGAUCCCAUUAUAGUCGAUGACAUAGAUAUGACUUCUGAUUGGGUGGAAGAGACGGAAAACCCAAGCCCAACCCAAUGGCUUGAUCGGUUUGGUUCUGCUUUGGACGGUGGUGAUUUGAACACUAGACAAUUUAGCGGCGCGAUCUUUACUUCAAACGAUCACAUAUUUGGUUUGUGAUUGGUUGCUAUUGGUAUUGGGAAAACGAGUCCAAAACAACUGGUUGUGUGACUUGCACCACAGGCUUACAAUACAACUAGUUGCUUUGAACAUGAGAGACAACUCAAUCAUCGGUCUGGAAUGUACAUUCACUACAUACAACUACUGGCAGGUCACGAUGCAAAGAUCACACUGGUUGAGUGAUCUCGACCCCUUGAAUGUUGGUCAUUUUGUUAUGGCCGUCCAUUUUACAGGGUCAUAUACUGGAUGGUUGACAUCAUCUAUUGAAAACGUUUCUUUAGAAUGAUGAGCAAUCAAAGGUAAGGGGGGUUUUGAAUAAAUGUUUCAGGCUGAUGAUUUGACCCAUUUGCAUCCGUUCAAUCUUGACCAUCUGUUUUUCUCAUCUUACUGAUCAGCUGGUUAGGAUCGUCCAGCUAGGGUGGUUCUUCAAUUGUACAGUUCAGAUUGGUGAAUAAUUUACUGCGUGCCCUAAAGCAACUACUUACAUUGUAAGCCUAUGAUACAACUAGUUGUAUCAGAUCCUUUUCCCUUUGUAUAAUCAUAUUUAAAGUGUAGUUUAUUUUGAAUGUUUGUCCUAUAAGUUGUUUAUGUAACUAGUUUCACAUUUGUAGCAGUUUAGAUGUAUAAAUAUUAUUACUACCCUUUUUGUGGAAAAGAAUACCAUCCUGCAUCAAGAACA